AUGCCGUCCUCUCAACCCACCGCUGGUGACCUGGCUGUCAAGCCCGACUUUCAGUCUUCACAACCCACACCCAUGGCGAAACCCUCCGAGCCCAACAGAAAUGCCAAGUAUGACCCCAAGAAAGUCCAUAUCACCGAGAUGCCCAUGACGAGAUCCAACUGGUACAAGCAUGUCAACUGGCUCAACGUCACCCUCAUCGUCGGCAUCCCUCUCUGGGGCUGCAUCCAGGCCUUCUGGGUGCCGCUGCAGUUUAAGACCGCUGUUUGGUCAGUGCUAUAUUAUUUCGCCACGGGCCUGGGCAUCACUGCUGGAUACCAUCGAUUAUGGGCUCAUACCUCGUACUCGGCCACCCUCCCCUUGAGAAUCUUCCUCGCCGCAGUUGGUGGUGGUGCCGUUGAAGGCUCCAUCAGAUGGUGGUCACGCGACCACCGAGCACACCACCGAUACACCGACACUGACAAGGACCCGUACUCUGUCCGCAAGGGCUUGCUAUAUUCUCACAUUGGCUGGAUGGUUAUGAAGCAAAACCCCAAGAGAAUCGGACGUACCGAUAUCUCGGACCUCAAUGAAGACUCGAUUGUGGUGUGGCAGCACAAGAACUAUCUGAAGGUCGUCAUCUUCAUGGGUCUUCUCUUGCCCACUCUUGUUGCUGGCCUUGGCUGGGGUGAUUGGUGGGGUGGCUUCAUCUAUGCUGGUAUUCUGCGAAUCUUCUUCGUUCAGCAAGCCACCUUCUGCGUCAAUUCGUUGGCCCACUGGCUGGGAGAUCAACCGUUCGACGACCGCAACUCUCCUCGUGAUCAUGUCAUUACCGCCUUCGUUACUCUUGGCGAGGGCUACCACAACUUCCACCACGAGUUCCCCUCCGACUACCGCAACGCCAUUGAAUGGCACCAAUAUGAUCCCACCAAGUGGUUCAUCUGGACCUGUAAGCAACUCGGUCUUGCGUAUGAUUUGAAGCAAUUCCGCAGCAACGAAAUCGAGAAGGGUCGCCUCCAGCAACAGCAAAAGAAGCUUGACCAGAAGCGUGCUAAGCUCGACUGGGGUAUCCCUCUUGACCAACUUCCCGUCAUGGAAUGGGACGAGUAUGUUGACCAAUGCAAGAACGGUCGUGGGCUGAUUGCCGUCGCCGGUAUUGUUCACGAUGUGACGGAUUUCAUCAAGGACCAUCCCGGUGGUAAGGCCAUGAUCGGCUCUGGCAUUGGCAAGGAUGCCACGGCCAUGUUCAAUGGCGGUGUCUACAUGCACAGCAAUGCCGCCCACAACUUGCUCUCGACGAUGAGAGUGGGUGUCAUCCGUGGUGGAGGUGAGGUUGACGUCUGGCGGAGAUCUCAACUGGAGGCCAAGGGCGAGGUUAGCCGUGACUCCUCCGGCGAGAGGAUCAUCCGAGCCGGCUACCAACCCACCAAAGUGCUCCAGAAUACGCCGACCGCAGGAGCUGCCUGA